UUUCAUUUUAUUAUUGUUCACCGAAUGCUGAAGAAGAAUAAAAUGAUACUCGGAAGCACUCUGUGCGUAUUCCCGAGCGCAGCAUCUGUAGUUUAAAAAUGACUGAAUUCGUGGCAUGGACACGGCCUUUGUAUACGUACAUACGUAUGGAUUCUGAUACGCGUGCUGCGGCAACUUGUCACGAACGAGCCGCAUUGUCAUUGCGUGAUUUGAACUGCGUUCACGUCGAGGUUUGGCGACGUUAUCGCAAGUUAUCGAAUCACGUGCAUGAUAGUUACUAACCGAAGUUUCGAACGUGUAGAUCCGUAAAAUGUUUCUGUGAAAUACCGCAUCUGUGCUUGCACGGAUUUUACGUUACGCGAUAAUGCGUAAAUCUAGCUAAUUAUGAAAACACUUAUUUUAGAUGGAUUUGUGAUUGCAUUAAUCACACAUGCUAGCGUUACAGUUGACACAUUUUAAGUUAGGUUAGACUAGUAGUAGAUCGCAGAUGACUACGAUGAACGGGAAGAGGCCUUCCUCAAUGCCGUCUAGACAUCAGCCAGAGACACUGGCGCAACACAUUGAUCUGAUAAAAUAUAUCUAUGAUUCAUGGAACUCGGUAUCUAGAGAGAUAGAUACGUCACGCAAUCAACCACACAGUAACUCUUCCAAUCAUAGAAAUGGAGCGUCGGUUACAUAUUAUCAUUGUCCUGAUCCAGUUCCAAUCUUGAAAAAUUUUCGCCCAUUUAAUUUGGAAGCAUUCUGGGGACAGCGUAUCGUAGACAGUAUUACUAGGAAUACAAAUUCCUAGUGCCAGGCUCAACAUGUUGACUAUAAUCGGACAUUUUCAAACAGACACAAAAAACAAAAGAGAUAAAUUGCAAGUUAAAUUCAAUUUUUGUCUUUUUUUUCCAAAAUUCAUCAUCCACAUAAAAUUGACAGUGAUACUUGGAGUUGAGAUCUAAGUACAGUUUGUAGCACAUACACAGAAAAACAAAUAAUAAGAUUUAAACAUUAAGUUACUCGACAGACAACUGAAGCAGUUUAUAAAAUGGCAAUCUUAUUCUCGAGACGUUUUUACGAUUACAAUUGAUUGAUUUAUUUGAUACUUAGGUUUUACUGUUUACAUUUUAAUGCAAUAAAAGAAAGACAAUGCACGUCAAUACGAAAAUUGCAAUUACAUUUUAACUCUGUUUUAAAUAUUUACAUAUUUAUUUGAAUAACGAUUGUUAAAUUUUAUUAGAGAAAAUAGAGUGAGAAAGAAGAAUGUAAUUUGAAAUAAAUGUGAAGGAAAAUGUGCUAAAUAUUAUUCAUUGGAAAUAGUAAAGAGAAAGAUAUGAUGACAGAGAUAUAAGUAUUGCUGUAUGAAAACAUUCCUCUUGUGUCGAUUAUAUUUUACUGAUAUAUAUUAGUAAAAUAUUACAUUAAACUUCUUUUGUCCUUUUUAUAUAUAACGAGAUCAGAAAUAAAACAUUUUCUUUGUUUUUAUUAUUAUUUUUGUAAAACUGGGAGACGUUCUGAUAUAACUAAGAAAAUUAUGUCAAACUAUUUAUUUUAGUCAUAACGUACGAUAUACAAAUACAUAAUAUAACACUCUUUAUAUAUACAAUUAUACACGUAAUAUUUAUAUAAAUUAUAUAAAUUUUAUAUGUGCAAUUAUAUAUAAAAUUUAUAUAUAAUAUAUAUUUAUAAGACAAUGAUACUGUAUUUCCACGUUAUUUAAAGAGAAAUUAAAGUUAAUUACAUGUUUUUUUUUAAAUCUCCCUGCAAUGUUGGGCGAAAUAAGUUUGGUGCUCAACAGUGCAUAAAGCAUUUACAGAAUGCUCAAGCUUGUUUGAUAAAAGUUUCAUAGGCGAAUUUUAGGAAUUGUACUUUAGGAUAUACACGUAAAUGUAUACUUUUUCACAUGUUGCAUUUCACAUUUCCAAGAUUUUUCACUCUUACAUCAAAUGACUGCACUUUAGCUGAUACAUAAAUUAUAAAUAAAAGCGUUUUCCACUUGUCGAAGGAGAUUUAUUAACGUCUACAGAAUGGACGCUGCACUUGAAAUUAAUCACGAUGUGAAAUAGACCGUAAUUAUCGCGAUUUUAAAUAUACAACAUAUAUACUCAUAUUAUUGUAUAUGUAUGUACAUCUAUGCGUGUAUAGUUACUAUGUAAGUUUAAUCUGAUAAUGUUUCUAAUGACAAAACAAUAAUGAACAAUGUCUUUCUACACACGUA